GCGCGGGUGCCGGGCGCUCUUGGCCGCGCGGUCCCGCGCCCGCCCCGGGAACUCAUCGCCGCCGCUGCCCAUCCCACGGCGGGCCCGCGCUCCGCGCUCGCCGCUCUUCUGAGAGCAGCGGGCCGGCCACGUGUCACCCGGUUUCCUCCCGUCUUCCAGCAGCGACCCACGGAAGCGUCCGUCCCGCCCCGCCGGGAAAGCGGCCCGGUUUAAGCGCGGCGCCCGGGGCAGGCCGCGGCUGGGCUAGCGGCCCAUCGCCAUCAGCGCCCGCGGCGGCGCUCCGCGUGACGUCACGGCGGGAGGAGGUGCCGAUUGGUCGUCGCGGCCCGGAGGCGCUACGUGUCUACCCACGAUUGGCCCAUGGCGGAGCCGCGCCGGCGGCGCGCGCGGCGGUACCGUUUCGAGGAGGGUCCGGCGGCGCUGGCCGUGCGCGUGCCCGAGGUGCUGGACUCACAGUACGGGAUGUACGUGUGGCCCUCCGCCGUGGUCCUGGCCCAGUAYCUGUGGACGCACAGGCGGAGCCUGCCCGGCAAGCGAGUGCUGGAGAUCGGUGCCGGUGUGAGUCUCCCCGGCGUGGUGGCCGCCAAGUGCGGUGCCCAGGUGAUCCUGUCGGACAGCGAGGAGCUGCCCCGCUGCCUGCAGAGCUGCCGCAACAGCUGCCUCAUGAACCAUCUACCCCACGUGCCCGUCCUCGGCCUCACCUGGGGCCGGGUGUCGCUAGAGCUGCUCUCUCUUGCGCCCAUAGACAUUAUUUUAGGCUCAGAUGUCUUUUUUGACCCCAAAGACUUUGAAGAUMUUUUAACUACAAUUUACUUCUUGCUGGAGAAGAACCCACAUGCUCAAUUCUGGACAACUUAUCAAGUCCGAAGUGCUGACUGGUCUAUCGAAGCUCUGCUCUACAAAUGGAAACUGAAGAGCACCCCUGUUCCCUUGCACUCCUUUGGUGCAGACAAAGAGCACUUGGCCGGCUCCUCUCUGCCAGGAAGACACACAAUUGAAAUGAUGAUAAUCUCACUAGCACAGUCAGAUGGCACUUCAGUUUAUUCCACUUCAGGUUUCAGUACAAGGUGAUACUCAGCUGUUCGUUGUAGCACAGAGCUACAGAGAACAGUCCCAUUUACAGCAAACCUCAUGGAUAUUUUGGGGAAGCAGCAAUUCUUAAAACAUGCACUGUAAAAAUAAAGCUGUUUGGUUUCCCAGCUAUGGCUUUUGAGAAAUUUGUGUUCCUCCCCCAAGCCCAUGAAAUARUUCAGAGCCUCAAUUCUGUCAUGUGAGCCACUACACAACAGAGCUUAACCUGGAAAUCCACAAGCUCCAACCUAAAUCCACAACKUCAGCUAUGAAAAGGUAACUGCACUCUUUCAAAAUAAAAAAAACCCCAUGCCCGUAAGAUCCCUUUUCCCAGGACUGAGAAUCCUUCCCAAAGAUCAACAUACAAAAGCCACCCCCUCUGUAAAUGAGUGUGUGGAGACUGUGCUAACCUGGAACAUACAAACUCAUCAGUUUGUAGAAAAGUAUUUUUAAUCCUCAACAAAGCCAUACUGCCAGUGUUCAGAUGUUUCCAUUCCCAUUUAACAUACAUGCAUAAGAUAAAACAAGGCAUUACAAUACCCUUGACACAGGAUGUUUGAAGUUACAAGUCAUUUGGUACCAAAUCAAGAGAAAUCAUCACUGUAAAGAUCAGCCCCCAUCAAGCAGCAGCCCCGUGAGCCAGGGCAAGCACACAGCAAUGUAAUUAUUAGUACUGCUCMGUGUGGACCUCCCACACCACCAUCCCAGGACCUGGCUGGUUCUGUGUUUGUGGCCUGGUGUGUUACCACUUGCCACACAACAUUGGGUUAGUCACAAUUCUAAUUAAAGUUUGCCCACAGUAAUUUAAAAGCAACCCCAGUGGAUAAAAUUUGUAAGCAGUAAAAUGCAUUUGGUUACUAUAUAGAAGUUAAACAUUGACAGUAUAAUUGCAGAAAUCUUUUCAAGCUAAAAAUAAGCUGACCCCAGACAUUAAGUUGAGAAAAGGUAACACAGAAAAAAAUGUUUAAUAACUACAGAGACAGUGGGUAUAGUACAGAAUGUCUUAAGCAAAAGAUACACCAAUCAGUACUUACAAAGGAAUGAACCAUUUCUUUGCUUAACAUUACAAUUCUCAUAUGUAAGUUCAUAUAUGCAGGUUGGUAAGUUUUACCAUUCUGGAAAAAAUAAGGUGUGUAUAUCAUCAGCUAGAUGUGCUCACUGUAUGCUCCAUUUUUUUUACGCAAGGCCCGGGUGACUGGAAGUGCAGUUGUCAGGCAUUUUAAUUAACUGGACAGCCAUUUGUUUCUGCACGACAAGGCAUCGUUACACAGGAGCAAUCAGGAGACAACAGGAAACAGCCAAGCACUCUGCACUGCAACACGCCACCUUAACAGCUAACCAGCAUUACUCAACUGCUACACAACUGCGCCUAGUGCACAAAAAUACAUAAGAGAAGA